AUGGCUAGCCGAGGACAGGGUGCCGACGAUUCGUUCUUCGCCGCGGCUGCAGAGGCUGCACGCGAGCAUGGAAAGGUCAUUCCUGCUGACGACUAUGUCCCUGCAGCGGACGAGAAGAAUGCGGAUGACUUCGCUGACGCCGCGCCACACGACCACGAAACGCCGGAAGGCCUAGUCGCGCCCACCAAUGAGGAGAUGGAGACCCUCCGCCAUGUGUCGGAUUACAUUAACUGGUCUACCUACUUGAUUGCCUUCGUGGAGAUGGCCGAGCGCUUCAGCUAUUAUGGUAGUACAGCUGUCUGGACCAACUUCAUUCAGCAGCCGUUGCCAGCUGGCUCCAGGACUGGGGCAGGCGGUAAGUUCGGUCAGUCUGGCGCGCUCGGGAAGGGCCAGCAAACUGCGACCGGUCUGACAACUUUCAACUCCUUCUGGACGUACUGCACCCCAAUCUUAGGUGCAUACAUUGCGGAUACUUACAUCGGCCGGUACAAGACGAUCAUGUGCUCAAUUGCGAUAUGUCUCCUGGGUCAUAUUCUGCUCAUCGUCUCUGCCGUACCGCCGGUCAUUGUGAAGGCGAAUGGGUCGCUCGCUUGCCUCGUCGUUGCAAUGGUCAUCAUGGGUCUCGGUACUGGCGGCUUCAAGAGCAACAUCUCUCCGCUUAUCGCAGAGCAACAACGUAGCCUGAAACCAUUCGUCCGAGUGAAGAAGGACGGCGAGCGCGUUAUCGUAGAUCCCGCGAUGACUACCGCCCGUGUAUACAUGUGGUUCUACUUCUUCAUCAACAUCGGUUCCCUGAUUGGUCCCAUUGGCAUGACCUACGGCGAGAAGUACAUCGGCUUUUGGUUCUCGUACAUGUUGCCGACUGUGGUCUACUUGUGCUGUCCGCUUGUGCUCUUCGUCGGUCGUAACCGCUACCGUCACACGAAGCCGGAGGGCUCGGUCACUAUCCAGUCGAUGCGUCUCUGGGCAUACGCCGCGAAGGGUCGCUGGUCUCUCAACCCGGUCAAGAUGUGGCGUAGCAUGCACGACGAGACUUUCUGGGAGAACGUCAAGCCCAGCCACAUUCCCGUUGACCGUCGCCCAGCUUGGAUGACGUUCGACGAUAAGUGGGUCGAGGAAGUCCGUCGUGGCUUCAAGGCUUGCGCGGUAUUCGUCUGGUACCCGGUCUACUGGCUUCCGUACAACCAGAUCAUCAACAACUUGACCUCGCAAGCCGCUGUGAUGUCAACACACGGUGUUCCCAACGACGUCAUCAACAAUCUGGACCCCUUCGCAAUCCUCAUCCUCAUCCCUCUCCACGACCUGCUCAUAUACCCGUUCUGCCAGCGCAUCGGCGUUCGUGUCACCCCUCUGCGCAAGAUCACCGCCGGCUUUAUCACCGGCGCGCUUGCCAUGCUCGCGGCAGCCGUUACGCAGCACUACAUCUACAAGACUUCUCCAUGCGGCUACUACGCGGCUAAUGCUGGUUGCGACGUAUCUCCGCUCAACGUGUGGAUCCAGACGCCUUCCUAUGUGCUCAUCGCCGCCUCCGAGAUCUACGCCUCGAUCACCGGUCUCGAGUAUGCGUUCACGAAGGCGCCGAAGAACAUGAAGUCACUCGUCAUGUCCAUGUUCCUCUUCACCUCUGCCAUCUCGAGUGCCAUAGGCGAGGCGUUUGUCAGCCUUUCGACCGAUCCGCUGCUUGUUUGGAACUACGGCGUCAUGGGCGUGCUCUCGUUCAUCGGCGGCAUCCUAUUCUGGGUUACCUUCUAUCAGCUCGACCAGAAUGAGGAGGCGCUCAACAACAUCGAGUCGGGUGAUUUCCUAGGGCAGGGUCAGAAGGAGAAGGAGAGGGCGUGA